AUAUUAUUGGACAACCUGAUCAGUUAGCUUUGUGGUCAAUUUAUAUGCAGACCCUCCUUCUCCAUUUCUUCCCAAUACUAGUUCUUGUAAUCCAUAUUCUCUCGCUAUUUUCUCUCCUUUCAUAGAGAUUUGUAAAUCAUGUUAGGAAAUAGGCCCCGUCCGAUGAUCGGAAAGCUAUCGAAACUAUUAGUUUCCGGUCACCGAGCCGAGUUUUUGGAGGUGGUGAAGAGUCCAAAGAGUCCAUUGGACGGCCUCAAGAUGCAGUCCCCAAGAGGAAUCAAGAACUAUGAUCUUGGUGGGGUUGGCUUGGGUAUUGUUGCUGCUCUUGAGAAAACUAAUGAUAGUGGAAGGCCGGGACACGAAGUUUUGGCAAAGUAUGCUGUUUGUAGUUGCAAUCUGAAUCGAUCCAAUCCCAUAUCUGUAAAUUCAAACAAAUUUUGUGAUAGAUUAAAAGGAGGCUAUGAAGAUUUUGAAGGAGCCAAUUCAGAAAACUAUACAUAUGUGACUUGUCAUGGGCCAAGCAAGUCCUUCACCAGGGUGUAUUAUGAUGGAGGUCAUGAAUAUGGAUUAAACAGUGGGCAUGAAAGAAAUGAUCACCUUGAAUUUGAUAGAUGUAGCAACAAAUUGCGCAAAAUCAAGGACUCAGAGACAAGAUCUGAGGAAACUUUUUCGGGGUAUCCAACAUCAGAUUUUCUCAGUUCAUGUCAUUUGUGCAGUAAAAACCUCCACGGCAGAGACAUAUAUAUGUACAGAGGAGAGAAAGCAUUUUGUAGCACAGAGUGUCGGUCAAGGCAGAUAAUGAUGGAUGAGCGGAAAGAACAGUGUAGAUCGGAGGCAUCAAGGUCUGUAGAUGUUUCAAGCUCACCAUACAAGAGAGGCCAGAUCUUCUCACCUGGGAUUCUUGCAGCUUAGGCAAAAUACAGAACGUGACGACCACAAAAGGUUGUCAUGUCACGGCUAUUCUCUUCUACUCUUCUCUAUACAUACGAGAAUUAAUAGAAAAUUAAACCAAUCCAGGAAAUUUUAUUGUAAAAGUAGAGCAUAUCAUGUAGUAUAUAUAUAAACUUCGACGAGAAAUAUAUGAACUGUAGAAGAGAGAACUAUAUAUGAGAUCCACUGAGUCUUGAGCUUCAAUGGCAUAAGAUGAUAAUGAAGCUCACAAACAUAUGUAAAGAAAUGGCAGAAGAUUUAGGGUUCAGUUCUGAACCGGAGUUCAAGAA